AAUGCACAUUCAAACAGUUCCAGAAACCGGCCGCCACGAAAGAGCACCCUUACGCAGCAGCAGAAGAACGCAAAACGUCAGAGGGCAACUCAGGAUCAAUUGAUGACGCUGGAGAUAGAGUUCAACAAGAACCCGACGCCCACGGCAGUUGUGCGUGAACGCAUCGCGCAAGACAUUGAUAUGACCGAAAGGUCUGUGCAGAUCUGGUUCCAGAACAGACGCGCCAAGAUCAAGAACAUCGCCAAGCGCAGCAUUGAAAGCGGAGAGGACUGUGACAGCAUCCCCGAAUCCAUGCGGCAGUAUCUGGCGAUGCAAGCCUACGGUCCUGGCGUCAAAGGGCUACCAGCGGGCAUGCUCGGACGAACAGGAUCUGCUUAUGGAGCUUUCGGCGCAGGCACGCUGAUGCUAAAUACCGACAACAGUUCGGGUAAAGUGGUCAUACAGCACUUCGCCUGCCGGUCACUUUCGAUCGGCACAUGGCGCAGGGUUGGGCAGAGCACCAUGGAUCUCGUUAUCUUCUACUCGCCUGACAAGGCAUGCAUAACGUACUAUAUCAACAACGACAAUGCCGGUUACAAGAUCGAGUACCCUUUUGCCUGGAUCAAAGGCAUCUCCUUGGAGCAAGGCGAUGUACUCUCUGCGGCAGAAGGAGCGUCGCAGAGAUCGGGAGGCCUUGUGAUCGAGCUGACGCGAUCGCCACGAUUCUACAUGGACAGCUCCGGCAGUGGCGGGUUUUACGAGUGCGGAGACUUUACGGAGGAUCAACAGGCGACGCAGGUGAUGGUACACCAUCUUGGAGGGCCGUCGAAAGUCCUUAGUGGCCAACUAGCGAAGCUUGUCUCCCUCGAGGCCUAUCAAAACCGUCACCACGUCUUCGACCCGGCGCAACUGGCCAUCUCCGCCCCCGUUUCACCCAUGCGACCGGCGAGUCAGCCCAACCACCUGAUACACCCGCAUCAACAAGGGCAGAUGCUGCAGCCAGAAAGUGCGCUGGGUUUGAUGGGCCCUCCAGCACCUCGUGGUCACAAGAGACAGCGAAGUCGAUCCGUACCUGCUGCUAUUGACCUCUCGAUGUUACGCCAUCCUAUGCCGUCGUUCUUGAUACAACAGGAGCCACAGUCUGCUCAGCCAGUCAUGCAAGAUCCAAUGAUUUUUGCACCUAUUCCGCAACAUCACCCUCCCCCGGGCUUUGGUCCUGCGCCAAUGGGCCCGAGCCUCAGCAUCGAUACAUCUGGCGUCUACGGGCUGAAUCUUCACCACAACAACCCGAUGUCAGCGACCACUGUAAACUCGCCGAGCGAGUACGGCACGCCGCACUUCUUCACGACUGCCCCUCCAGGCGAAUGUCUGCCCCUCACACAUUUUGGUACGCCCUUUGUUUCCGGCUUCUUACAGGUCGAUCAGGCUGCCAUGAUCGGCACCAGCAACACACCUUUGUCGAUCAUGAGCGGCGAUCCGGUGAUUGCCGAUCACUCGCCGCCACUUACUGGUGUUGACCGGAGUCAGAGUGCGGACAUCUUCGGCACGCCUGGCGAGCACCCAACUUUCAGCGACGACAGCCUGUACUUAUCCGAGUCGUUCAACAAGCAGAUGCAACUUCCCUUCCGAAGUCCGCUAACUGAUGAA